UUGCGCGUCCAUGCAUUAAAUAAGUCUCUCAGUUCCAUUGUAAGAAGGAAAAAAAACGGUUCAAAUGCAUUGAUUGUUGAACUUGAGAUUACGUGCAUGCCUAGAACUAGAACAGUGUCGUGUGUCGUCGUUUAUCUCCUCUCAAAGUCUAUAAAUUUGUACACAUACCUCAACAUAUGAAACACACAAAAACCAUAGAAAAUGGAGAGCACACAAAGAGUGUUAAGGUUGUUAGUAUUAUGUUUCCUUAUGGGAACAAUGUUAGUGAGUGGUCAGAGUGCUACCAACGUAAGGGCAACAUACCAUAAUUACAACCCUCAGAAUAUUAAUUGGGAUUACAACAAAGCCAGUGUAUACUGUGCUACAUGGGAUGCUAACCAGCCUUUGUCAUGGCGUAAAAAAUAUGCUUGGACUGCCUUUUGUGGACCUGUUGGUCCUCGCGGCAGAGAUUCUUGCGGCAAAUGCUUGACGGUGACAAAUACUGCAACUGGAGCUCAGGCAACAGUGAGAAUAGUGGAUCAAUGUGCCAAUGGUGGUCUGGAUUUGGAUGUGAAUGUCUUCAAUAAAAUUGAUACAAAUGGACAGGGUUACCAGAAUGGCCAUCUUACAGUCAACUAUAACUUUGUUAGUUGUUAAUUAAUCACUCUUUGUGAUCAAAAGAUGUACUAGCUAGGUACUUCCUAAUAAUACCAUAAAUAAAACAUGCGGUGCUACUUAUAUAGACACUGCUUUGGAUGAA